AUGUUUGCCAAUUUCGAAUGGGACCCUGAAAAUGUCCCCAUGCUCAAGAUGGGCAUACACUGCCUUCAGAUUCUCCUAGCCUUUGUGCUCUGGUGUCUAGAGAUUGCUGUCUUCGUUGGCGACAAGGCGGAAGUUACAGGAAACAACGGCUGGACUUUCGGAGUGUGCUUCCUUUCCAUCCCAGCAUGGCUCUACCUCAUCAUGACCCCACGAUGGCCGAGGACACGCAAACUUGCCGAGCCGCACGCUAUGCUCGCCGUUGAUGCCAUCUUCACCAUCAUUUGGCUCUCCGCCUUUGCCAGCCAGGCUGCCUAUAACACCGCCAACAAGUGUGGCAACGUUUGCGGGCUGAGCAAGGGCAUUGUCGGACUCGGCGUUAUCAUCACCCUUCUGUUCGGUGCCUCCACAGCCGUCAGCGUCUACACCCUCCGUCACUACCGCUUCCAUGGCGAGCUUCCCGGCUAUGACAAGCAGCGUAUCAAGAACGACAACAUUGACCCUGAUAAGGCUGCCUUCUCCAUGGCACCCCAUGACGAAGAAGCCUACGCUCCUGUCCAGAUGGACGACCACCCUGAUCACCACACCGAUACGGGCUACGGCGGCGGCGGCGGCGGUUUCAACGAUAACCCCUACAGGCCUGGAGGCGGCUCUGCGUACGGGGAGGACGACGAUCCCAACCGAUACGGCAGCUUGCCCUCCCGUCACAAUGGCCCCAUGUUCGAUAGCGAGACAGAAUAUAACUCACAACAGACGUCUGCGGUUGGGGGCCGCCAGUCAAGUCCCAACCCCUACGGUGGACCGCGGCAGCCCAGCCCCUAUGCACCCCCAACAGCGCACGACGACUAUGACGACAAUGCGCCUGCGCAGUUCCCCUCGGCUAACUACGAUCGCACAUUGCGCUAA